GAGCCAGCGAGCUGGGCUGGGAGGUCCGGUGAAGUCGCGAGUUUUCCCGGCACUGUGUGUAGGAAGAUAGGUACUGUAGUCCAUCCUGCUAGGAAGACGGCUUGUGGCGGGGGCGCGCCACACAUGCACCUAUAUCAACGAGGCAGUUGUGGUGGAGCAAUGCCAUCGACGCAGUAUUUGGGAGGGAUUUGUGUGCGAGAUGUUGUUGUUGAGCACAGUAGACCGUUUCCCUGCAUGUACACGCGUGUUGGACGUGGAUAUGUGCUGCUUGUUUACCACUACUGUAUCUGUAUGUAUGUACUGUACUGUACUGUACUCUCCUGUACGUCAGACAAGUUCCUGGAGAGAGGGAGAGAGAUGAGAAAGGCGGGAGACGGCUGUGAGAUGGGAAAGCUGGCGGGCGGGCGGUAUGGUAUGCACACCUGCAUGCAAUGCGGCCUGGGGAAGAGGGAGCCCAGAUCCCCGCCAACGAUGAUUGAGCGAGAGGACGUACGUGGUGGCGGUGGUGGUGUUGACGAUGAUGUAUAUAUCCAUGCACAUAUGUGAUCUCUCCAAGUUAUUAUUGUCGUCCUACGUGGCGGUCUUGUGUGUGUUUGGGCACCAUUGUCGAGAGGUCCCCGUACAGCAGCAUAUGAACGUGUUAUGACG